AUGCCGCGCGACAAGCACUUUUACUAUGCCAAGUACAGGGACAUGCUUCCCGAGAUCAAGUACUACAUGCGGCUCAAGCUGACGCCGUUGGUGUACAUCCACCAGCACUACUUGCGGCACCAGCUUCGUCGUGCGCUAGCCCGGUGGACUUGCAACCUGCAGCUCAAUGCCAUGGCUAGCCACGAACGCGAACUCUCGACGCGGUUGCAAAAGGUCGCGGUGUGGGUGCUUCAAAGCCGAGUGUGUGGACAGGUGGACGCGGCGUGUCGGCGACUCUAUCGCAUGCACCGGUUCCGAGUGUUGGCGACGAGGUUUUGCCGGUGGAAGCAGCAUGUGACACAGUACGCGCGCAUCAUGGAACACGCUCCAGCGUACUUGGAAUGGAUUGUCACAACAUCCCAACCAGCGGGCCAAGAUCGAGCAAGGGCAGCUAUCGACGUGAUCGAAUUCAAAGGCCAGCGGCUUGUGCAGUUACAUUGGAAACGCCUGGUGCGACACCAUCGAGCGAGAUUUCGACGCUGGCGACAGGUGACGUUGGGAGUUGAGAGGUUACGUCAGCGGCUGUGGGAGUGGAAAGAACGGCUACGUUUAUAUCGGUGGCGCGAGUGGGUGCAUAUGAAAAAACAAACCCAUGCACUCUCCGCUCAAAACAAAGUGGAGUUGCAGUUCUAUCGGGUUCGCAAUUGCAUGCGUCGGUGGACACUGUAUCGCCGACAGGUUCACGUGCAGCGGGUGUUGGCUCGCGUGACGAUGAUAGGGUGGCAUCGCACGACCGCGUUACGUGUGUUUCUUCGAUUGCAGAGCCACAUGCAUUGCUAUCGCAAACUCCGCAGGGCCAUUCAGCGCUUCACAUCGUCAUGUACGAGGUAUGGCACCAGCCAAGUGAGGAAAGCGUGGACGGUUUGGUUGCAUGCGACGAUGUCGUACAAGACGACCCAGACGACAAUCACAGCCGUGUUGAGGCGAAUGCAAUUGAGUUCGCUGCGUCAAGGGUUUUAUCAGCUGCGAAGUCAUUGUGUGGAGGCGACAUAUCAAGCCCAUGUUGCUCGUGUUGAAUGUGCUGCCGGUCGCGUCUAUGGCGUCAAAGCAAUCAUUCGACUGUGGCAACUGGCGAUACUAACACGCAUUCGGCGGGCGUUUCAUCACCUUCGGAGCGUCACACUGCACCUAAAACAAGACGAAGUCCAUCGCAAGCACAUGGUUUUAUGGGGCACCUGGGUGCAGUGGCGUCGGUAUCAUCAUUCCAAGGCUUUGGAACAGAUGGAGAUGAUUCAGGACUUGAAAUGUCGCGAGUUUGAAUUUCGAAGGCAGCGUCUGACGCACUUGGGCGUGCCCUGGGGGGCCAAUAUGAACCUAACGCGUCGGACAUUGCACUGGCUGGUCACGCGACACUGCUUUGUGACGUGGAAAAGCCAGCGUUACGUUCAAGUGACCGAGGGGUCGAUGCAGCGGAUAUGGGGCCAUCACAGCCAUAGAUUGCUUCGACAAUCCACGUUUCAACGGUGGAAACACACCACGGUGGUGGCUCGAAAGCAAGUUCUCGUUGAAUCCGGAGCGUCGAUGCAAAAGUUACUGGCGGCCGUGACCCACCAACUCCAACGCCAUUCGGAUCGGCAUUUGUGUCGGCGGUGGUUUCAAACGUGGCGCGUAUCCGCCAAUCAGCGUCGAGCGUCUUGUUGUGUGUUGCAACGAGUGGUCGCGACGCUGCACACAGGCAACCUUGUUCGGUCGUUUAUGCAUUGGAAAGCAUGGGCCGAGCGGUACGCGGCCAGCUGUCGGUUGUUUGCAGCCGCACUGCACUCGAUACAGGUUGGGGCGAGAUGGGUGCUCCAGUCCACGACAACUUGCCUCUUGAAUGUGUGGAGACUAUGGGCUGCCAAAGCUCGCGUUCGCCAGCAACUUGCCAAGCAAUUCCAGCAACUCCAAGACCGAUAUUACCAACACGAAAAGCAUACGUUGUGGCAAAAGUGGAGACAACUGUUUGUGAGCGCGGCAAAGAACCACGAGACAAAUCGAGGACUUGUGUGUGCCAUGUGGCAGGUGUGGACAAGUCGUCUGAUUGAUUCCAAGACUCAACGGCGAUUGUUGCGGCGACUAACGUUGAGCAUGUAUAUCACAAGGCUUCGUCGAGCACUUCACCGCUGGACCCAACAUGUUCUGUUUCAAGUGACAGUAAUUAAGACUCGCCAUCUACAAACUCGACUAGCAGAGCGAGACCAGCAAUUACGUGAAUUGCUCACCGAUCAAGCAACCCGUUGCCGUCAACUGGAGCAACUGUUUGCAGAACGGCAAAAGAUGAUGCAAUUGCUGGAGGAAAGCCGCCAAAAGUUGCAGCAAUUCAAGCGGCUUCAAGCUGAAAACCAGGAAUUGAAGCGCGGCUUAGAACACGGGGACCGCCAGGACAAACUUGUCGAGCAACUUCAAGGCAUGGAGACACUUUGGAUGGGAUCCGUGUUUGAAACGUUUCGAUUAGGGCAAUGUCGGCUGUCGGACCGUUUGAUUGGCCAAGUGGAGGCGGAAAACGAACGGUUGCGGACGGAUAGAGAACGCCAAGAAGUCGCAUCGCAUGUCCGUUUGAGUGAAUUGUCCAUGCAAUUAGCCGAGGCCCGCGAAGUGUGCGUACGACUGAAGGAGUUGGAAAAGUAUAACCAACAGUUGGAGGAACGAUUGCAAGCGCAGGAACUUGCACAGAAACGAUCGUUCUUGCAGCACAUGGGGGCGUCAAAGUUGCCGUAUGAGCCGUGAUCCACCAAGUUCACUUUACCUUUAAUAUAUGAUGUACUCG